ACACUUCAACUCAGUUUAACUCGAAUCGUCGCCGUGUUUGGACCGUUCUCUCGGCCUACGAAACCGUUGCGUCGUCUCCUGGGGUGCAACGUGAAAGGGGCGGAAAACAGUCAGAUACACGGAGGACUGUGUGCCGCGGCACUGUUGACACAACAAAGAACUGGCAGAAUCCCGCACGUAGUGAUCUGUGUUCUCUCGAGAAAAGACUACAAUGGUAGCACACCGUCAGCGCCAAUAGUGCAGAUAGUAAGUUCGUCGGCUGCAGUUCCGUGUUCGCGAAGCGAAGUGUGAAUGCAUUUAUUGCGUGUCCCACUGCAAGCAGGAAUACACACCGUGGAAAGGAGAAGAAGAAAUCCAAAAAUAACCUCAACCAGUUUUACCGGCAAUCAGCUGCUGUUGUUAAUGCAUUAUUACAGUGGUGCGUCGUUAUUUUGGUGAUGAGUAGCAUUUGGUGUUUAAAAAAAUCUUGUGAAAUCUCUGACAAGUGAGUUGAGGGCGUUGUCACAGUAGUCACAGAGUGGUGAAUAUCCAUGAUUUUUGUGCACGGUGCUGUCACGUUUCUUUCUUCGAUAACUGAGCAACACAUCAUUGUUUGGAGAUAACGAGAAUAGGGAACAAGAAAUCAAGCGAAAGAAAAAUAUUACAAGCAUCAUCACCAGCCGCUACAGUCCGUGGUUGUAUGUGUUUUUACGAUAGACUCAGUGUUAUCAAACAGCACAAAGAAACAGAAGCAUCUGUGGCGCACAUUGUCGUGAAAGUUAGUGUAUUUUUUAUGGAAAUCCCUGCUCUUGGUGUUUAUCAACGGAAGAAUAUUCUACGAUCACAUUCUACUUGGCAAUCAGUUGGAUACUUAGUGUACUGAGCGCACACUAACGCGUACGCGUAAAGAAAGCAACAACAAAGGCAGACAAAGCAGAAAACAGCAGCAGUAAAGCAAAACAAAUAAACAAACCCAAAGGUAGAUUGUUUGUUGAUAGUUUUAUUAUCGUAGUUACUGCCAGUGUGCCGUUGCCGUUGUCGUCGUCCCACCCGGUAAGGUUCAGCUUUGAUUGAACUUGCCGUCCGGUCUUGCAGCUGGAGUUUUCUUACAGGGUGCAAUAGCAUCCAGUAUCCUACGACUUUCGUGCUUGUGAACCGGUUGGGUGAGAAAUCAGGAAAGCAGGUGCGUUCAACUCGAAGCAGUCUCAGCGAGAAAAGCCCACUUCUGGCGGUUUGAAUUAACCAGUUGAGAAUUAUGGGACCAAGGAUUCCGCCUAUCUAACCAUCGAGCUCAGCGCGCUGCAUACGCUCAACCGGCACCCAUCCGCUUUCAGAAGAAUAGAAAAUCAAAUAAAAAGCUGCGAACUUUUGCGAGCAAAAAGCAUCGAAAAACGGAAAACUCUGCUUGCAUUUUUUGUGCCGCUGAAAGAUUUUCCAGUGGGAGAGGUUCAUGGAAAACAUCUAAGCCGCUUACACUCGAGGCGUAAGCAGUACGCAGUGGAUCAAAAGUUUUCUGCUAGCAGCUGCUCAAAGCGAAGCACCACUGGCUAGUGCUGAAUCGAGCGACAGUAAAUGUAGGAACAAUAAACUCCACCACGUUAUUUGCGCAGCAAAUCUAAAACGUCUGCUGGACUCGAACGAAAAGGAAUUGCUUCUCGGGUUUCCGUUCAUUAGAGGUGCUGUAGCUUGAUCCCUCGCUGUGAACUCUUAAACACGUGCUUUGUUGUCCAGAAACUGGUUAGUAGCUGACAAAAACAAACACUUCAGCUGUAAACAUCCGCGCGAAUCGAAAAGUGCCCACCGAAGAAAGGACGGGAAAACCCAUCAGCACAAUCCGUUCACGGCGCAUAUGGGACCAGCAAUGGAAAACUAAUAAACACUAGAACCGAAGCACACCUGCAGCGACAUCCCCAAACGGGACUGAACUGGGCGGGAUACGGCGCCAGCGAGCGGAAGCGAAUGGGCAGAUGGUUCUCGUAGCUUUUUUCGGUAACUCAGUAAAAAUAGUCGGUGGCAGGAGCAGCAGCGACGAUAAAAAUAGACGACGGAACGUCGGGCGUCGGAAAGAUAAACCAAUUUGUUUGAGUGGGUGCUCGCAGCAUCAAUUUGCUUGUGAAAGCUUCUAAGUAGACAACUGACUGUUUCUAUUUGCUUUCCGGAAAGAAGUAGCCCAAUCGGAAACUUUGAUUAAAAUUAUUCUGCUCAAGUAACCGUCACCAUUUUCGAUCCAUCGAUCCGUCUUCAUCACCCGCAGAAUCGAAAACGGUCGAGAAACGAUGUCCUCACGGUCGAAAGAUAAAGUCGCAGCGGCAAUUCGAAAAUUCUUUAAAAGCCCUGACAAAAAGGACCGAGGGCAAAAGGAUAAGGACCAUCAGCAGCAGCAGCAGCAACAACAGCCGCAGCUGCACGGCGCAAGCGGAGGCGGUGCGGAACAGCAGGUUGGACCGGGGCCAGAUGGACAUUCACUACUGCAUCCGGCAACAUUGGCGGUAGCCGGUGCCAUCGUUCCUAGUGGGAGUGGAAGCAGUAGUCACAAUAGCGUCAACAAAGCCAGCACCGGCAGUCCCAUGCGGAGGCUAAGAUGCGCCGUAGCACCUAGUAACAAUAGCGUAGUGAAUGUUCCUGUACCGAAGCCUCUAGAUACAACAAUUCGAUCCAGACGCCUAAUGAAGGAAUUGAAGGAAAUCGAGCGGUUGCAGCAUUCGCGUUCCGAACCCUAUUUCACAGUGGAACUGGUAAAUGACAACCUGUACGAGUGGCAUGCACGGCUCUACCGAGUGGAUCCGGACUCACCCCUAGCGGAGGAUUUAGCCGAGCUGAAUAUUCCCUUCAUUCUGCUGCACCUGGUCUUUCCGGACAAUUUUCCCUUUGCCCCACCGUUCAUGCGUGUCGUGGAGCCUCGCAUCGAGAAGGGUUUCGUGAUGGAGGGCGGGGCCAUCUGUAUGGAGCUGCUAACCCCGCGCGGCUGGGCCAGCGCGUAUACGGUCGAAGCGGUCCUAAUGCAAUUCGCUGCCAGUCUAACGAAGGGACAGGGUCGUGUUUCACGGAAGCCCAAAUCUAACAAAGAAUUUACCAGGCGAACAGCCGAAGAAGCCUUCCGUUCACUAGUCAAAACGCAUGAAAAGUACGGUUGGGUAACGCCUGCCCUUAACGAUGGCUAGAGUAGGAAGACAUUCAGAGCUCAACGACGCAGAAACUUCAGUUAGCAUUUUAGAUACUGAAAACUCGCCAUUUUGAAUUGACGAAUACUGCUAAAUAUGUAGUAGAAUAUUUUGUUCAGAAGAAAACAUAUAGAUUCUUAUGUAUAGUAAAAGAGCUAAGAAUUUCACACGUAACAAACAAUGAUCUCCUCAAAAACGUUCCGACCUUAAAAAGAAAAAAAACACUCUAAAAAAGUUCAAAAUUUUUGUCGAAUGGUCAUCGAGUCUAAAUAUUUUGAAGAACAAGAAAACAUUAACUGUCAAGCGCUAACGCUAACGGCGAUGGCGAUUUGUCUUUACACGGUUAGCGAAUCAGACGGACACUCUAACAUAUUAUAUAUAUUUAGCUAUAUUUCUCAGAUAUUUACCAAUUGACGAAGAAUCGUGUCUCCAACAUCAUCUUGUUGAUCCUCUGCUUACUGUAUGAAGUAGUUUUUAACGAUUGGUUAAUGUUUCGCUAACUGUGCGAAUAACUAGAAGGUUCAGCGUGGCUUCAAUUUAUUGCAUACUCCGUUUUCAUACUGUUAUCACACAUCACACAAAAAGAAUUUACUUAAGAGGCGAAAGAUGGAAGCCACGUGUCGGUCAUUCUGCAGAACUUUUACAUCCCUAAACAUUAUACGUCUAAAGCCAAGAAGCAGAAAGACAAGUCACGUGCAUACCUUAGUUGCACACACGGGACACAAAGUGUCCCACAGGACCGCGCUAGUUGUCAGUGAUACUCAAAAACCAAUGUGCAAUGCAGAAUGUGAAUUUGAAUAUAGUACAUAUAGAAUUAAACCAACAAAAAUACCAAAACAGUCGUAAUGUUUU